GGAACAUUUUUGAAUUUCAAAAAUCUCCAAACUUGUUUAAAGGAUGCCAUUCUACUAGAUUAUUAUGUAUCUGGAUUUUUGUGGGCUAGAGGAAUGGAAUUUUCUAUUAUUCAGUAUUCAAAAUUUAUGACUUUACUAAAUAUGUUAAUUCAUAAUCUUAAAACACUACACAUGUCCUUAGAGGACAGCAUAAAAUGGCUUGGGGAAGUCAUGGCUGAAAUUGGACCAACUCAUUCACAAAAAUGUGAGCAAUGUAAUGUCUUUGAUAUAAAACAAGCAAAUGCUAUCAUCGAUUACUUAAAAAUCAGCUUAUUUCAACACUACAAGCUGUACGAGUUUAUGUUCUUCUCUGCCAGGGAAGAAAUUGUGAUAGGAACUGAGCAAGUGAUAGAGGUUGUCAGGCCUACAGGUUCCCCUUUCCCGGAUCCUCUGGAAGAAGGAAUCUCAUUUGAUAUUUACUCAACAUUCACAGAGCCACCCCCAACACUGGAUACAGAGAUGAAGGGGCUGGAUCAAGAACAACGGCCUGAGGAGUCCCAGCCAGAAACUGAUACUUCAGACGUGGAUCCUUUAGUUGGUUUCACCAUUGAAGAUGUAAAGUCAGUGCUGGGUCAAGUCACAGAAGGCAUUCUAAUGGGCAUUCAGACUGAGAUAAACGAAAAGCUGCAAAUACAGGAAGAGGCCUUUAAUGCACGAAUAGAAAAAUUGAAAAAGGCAUGAAGACUCGGUACAAGGAGAGUGAUGCUAAACUUCACAGAAACAAACAAAACCGGCCAGAAUAAUAGACUCUCUAGAGCAUCAUAUCUCCUUCCUGUAGUUGUGAAAGGAAAACCAAGCCCCACUUUUUAUUAUCCUAAGUAAUUAGAAAAGUAUUGGCCCCAAUUUUGCUAUCGCCUGUCCCACAACAGCCUCUGAAUUUAUGGCACUGAGUGUAAUAAAAACAUUUUGUAUAUAAGAGUUUGGAGAAUUAUAUAUAAAAAUACAAUUACUUUUACAGUAGUCCUUUGACAUUUUUGACUAAUAAACGCUAUUCAUCUUCAA